AUUUAAAAACAUGGCAGAAGUAGAGGAUGAAGAAAUCCGCCAAGCAGCUUUAGAAGGUAGACCAACCUCUGUUGUAAGAAUGUCUUUGCUUGAAGGUCAUGAUAGACGUCGAUACAAUCUUCCUUCCCAUGAGGAAGUUGCUAUUGUGUUUGUGGGAGAUGAUGGUGCUCCACCUGCAUCCAGGGAAAUUGUUAUAUACCCUCGAGGUCAGCCUUUAAGAACAAUUUCGUCUAUGUCUGCAAAUUUGGAUCCUUUGGUAUAUCCAAUAUUCUUCCCGAGAGGUGAUGCUGGAUGGCACAAUCAACUAGAGCACAACCCUGACCGUGCAACCCGUGUUAGAAACCAUGUUACUUUGUCUCAGUAUUAUAAUUAUAGGCUUGCUGUUAGACAAACUUUUAGUCCUAUAUUCUAUGGUAAGAAACUUUUUCAGCAAUAUGUUGUUGAUGCAUAUGUCAAAGUUGAGGGACAGCGCCUUGCUUUUAUUAGAAAUAACCAAAACAAACUUAGAAGUGAGCAAUAUGAUGCAUUGCAUGAACAUGUAAUUAAUCGUGCUAAUGAUCUUAAUGUAAGACCAGGCCGUGUUGUUACAUUGCCUUCUUCAUUUUUAAUUUUCUUUUAUUUAUCUCUAGCUGCUGCUUCUUCUGUUACAACUGCUGCUUCUUCUGUUACAAGCUCGAAGUCAUGGGAAGAAUUCAGAAAGUAUCGCUCCCAGCAUCCAGGCCCUCUAUCUAUGAGGGCCUUCCAUCGCUGGUGUUUGUAUGGGGACGACCAUCCCUCCUUUAGAUGGAGGGAUGGCACCCCAUACAACACGGGGAAUAGAGCGGAUGCUGGGAGGAGAAGACAACGCGGCGCAAAAACUGGUGGUGAUGUUCCGACAUUUAUGCUAAAAUCAUAUUUCAUGUUCUUUGGUGAUAGUCUAAGAGACUACAUAAAUAAGAGUAUUUCUGAUGGUAUAUUUCCGUCAUUUUUGAAAAUGGCUGAUGUAGUACCCUUUUUUAAAAAAGACGAUCCAACAAACAAAUCAAACUACCGUCCUAUAAGUAUACUUCCAGCACUAUCAAAAGUUUAG